CUAAAGCUCAAAAAAGCAGAACUUCGGGUUCGACCGAAGCGUCCUGGAAGCGCUAGGAACAACGGAGUGCGGGACCGCCGCCGCCCGCAGCACAGCCGGCAAACCGCAGCAGCAUCAGGCGCAGGCGGCGGCAGUGCGGCACCGCAGCUUCGGCUCCUCCUCCUCCUCAGCUCCUCGUCCUCGCAUCAUUUGCCGAUGGGCGCGGAACCGGCGCAGCCAACCCCCUCCGCGGCUGCGGCGGUCACCGCCGAGCAGGCUCAGGAUCUCAUCGACGCUGUGCUAGGUACGAUGACCUGGAGGACGUCGUCGCCCUGUUCUCCACUGGUGUUUCACUGGACUCCACUGAUUCGCAAGGCCGCACAGAAUGUUAAUGCCACCAACUUGGAGAAAAACACACCCCUUCACUGGGCAUGCCUCAAUGGACAUAUAGAGGUAAUCAAGGCUUUGAUAUGUGCUGGGGCUAGUGUGAGUGCCCUUAACAGCCAUGAGAAAACCCCUAUGGAUGAAGCAGUGACCAAGGGCAAGAUGGAUGUGAUCGAUGCAAUCGGUGCAGCAGCAGCUCAAGCCGAGCUUGAUGGUGUUACUGUGUCCUAAAAGGACUUCAUGAAUUUGAGCUAUGAAUGACAUGCAGCCUUGUUCUUAACUCUAGGUGGUACUGUCUAUGUCACUUCUGAUUCUGAUGUGCUACUAUCUGGGACAAUAUGGUAACUUAGCAUUUGCCGUGAGUUCAUUAUCAUCUGUGUCGGCAGUCUCCUGUUAGUGUCAAUGACAUCAGACCAUGGACAGGCGAGUUUCCUGUUAUAAACAAGAUGUGCAUCUGUCAAAGAUAUGGCUUUCUCCU